CCGUCCGCUCCGGCCCGCCGCUCGCCGCCGCCGCCGCCGCGCAGGGUCGCCACCUCGGCGCUCGCUGCCCGUCCAGCCCCGCAGGCGCCCGUCCGACCGGCCUCGGAACCCGACGCCUGCGGCUGCACGCCCGCCCUCGAGCGCCGAGCCGGCUCGCACCGGUGGUCGCCGCGCGCCGACCAUGGGGGACAUGAAACUGGUUGCCUCAUCACACAUGUCCAAAACCUCCCACAGUGUGGAUCCCUCGCGGGUCAGCUCCAUGCCCCUCACGGAGGCCCCUGCUUUCAUUCUGCCCCCUCGGAACCUCUGCAUCAAAGAAGGAGCCACCGCCAAGUUCGAAGGGAGGGUCCGGGGCUACCCAGAGCCCCAGGUGACAUGGCACAGAAAUGGGCAAACCAUCACCACCGGGGGCCGCUUCCUGCUGGACUAUGGAGUGCGGGGGACUUUCAGCCUGGUGAUUCACACUGUGCGUGAGGAGGACAGCGGGAAGUAUACCUGUGAAGCCAGCAACGGCAGUGGUGCCCGCCAGCUGACAGUGGAGCUGACUGUGGAAGGGAAUCUUAUGAAGAAGCAUGGUCAGCCUGCUGUUUCCAAAGCCUCAGGAUUUUCAUCCCCAGCAGGGGAGACUCGUCCUAGCAUCUGGGGCGAGUGCCCACCAAAGUUUGCCACCAAGUUGGGCCGAGCUGUGGUCAAAGAAGGGCAGAUGGGGCGAUUCUCCUGCAAGAUCACUGGCCGGCCUCCACCACAGGUCACCUGGCUCAAGGAAAACGUCCCAUUGCAGCCAAGUGCUCGUGUGUCUAUGUCAGAGAAGAAUGGUAUGCAGAUCCUGGAAAUCUAUGAGGUCACUCGGGAUGACAUGGGCGUGUACACAUGCAUGGUGGUGAACGGGUCGGGGAAAGCUUCCAUGUCAGCAGAACUCUCCAUCCCAGGUUUGGACAAUGCCACUAGGAGAGCAACCAAGGCCCCCAGUCCAGACAUCCGGAAGGAGGCGACCAAUGGAGUCUCCAAGGACCCAGAGACUGUGGCCAAAAGUGAGAGUUGUUCAAGUCCCCAGAGGAAUGUCUCCGCAGCCUGGGCCACAAACAGCCACCUGAGGUCCCUGCAGGAGCCCAAGCUGAAGCUGUGUGAGGGUUCUCCCAGAAAGGUCCUGCAGUCCUCUGUCCUGCAGAAGACUUCCAGCACCAUUACCCUGCAGGCUGCGAAAGUCCAGCCAGAAGCAAGAGAACCAGGCUUCAGGACCUUCUCUCCUGGGGAAGAGAGGAAAAGUCUGGCUGCCCCUCAGCAAGCCACACUCCCCGCCAGGCAGUGUGGCCUGGGAGGCCCAGUUGGGAACAAGUUUGGUACCAGGAACAUCUCCCUAGAGAGCCAAAGGGAGUCAACAUUCCCCAAAUUUGAGAGUCAGCCCCAAAGCCAAGAAGUCACUGAAGAUCAAACAGUCAAGUUCAUCUGUGAGGUUUCAGGGAUACCAAAGCCUGAAGUGGCCUGGUUCCUGGAAGGUCUCCCUGUGAGGAGACGAGAAGGCGUUAUUGAGAUUUAUGAAGACGGUGCAUCCCAUUACCUCUGCCUACGGAGAGCCCGGAUGAGGGACAGUGGGAGGUACAGCUGUACAGCAUCCAAUAUCCUUGGCCAUGUGUCCUGCAGUUGGACCCUCCUGGUGGAACGGUCAAACUUGGUACAGACGGCCCCUUCAUUCUCCAGUGUCCUGGAGGACAGUGUUGUCGUUGAGGGCCAAGACUUUGUGCUGCGGUGCUCUGUACGAGGGACCCCAGUACCCAGGAUCACUUGGCUGCUCAAUGGGCGGCCCAUCAAGUUUGCUCACUCCAUCUGUGAGGCUGGCAUGGCUGAGCUCCACAUCCAGGAUGCCCUGCCAGAGGAUCGUGGGACCUACACCUGUCUGGCUGAGAAUGCCUUGGGGCAGGUGUCCUGCAGCGCCAGGGUCACCGUCCAAGAAAAGGAAAGUGAAGGAGAGAGGGAAUGCCUCCUUCUGCCACCGGCUCCCAGCAAGCCCACGGCACCCAUCUUCCUGCAAGGCCUCUCUGACCUCAAAGUCAUGGAUGGAAGCCAGGUCACUAUGACAGUCCAGGUGUCAGGGAACCCACCUCCAGAAGUGAUAUGGCUUCACAAUGGACAUGAGAUCCAGGAGUCAGAGGACUUCCACUUUGAACAGAAAGGUGGCCGGCACAGCCUGUGUAUCCAGGAGGUGUUCCCAGAGGACACGGGCACAUACACCUGUGAGGCCUGGAACAGUGCAGGGGAAGUCCGCACCCAGGCCAUGCUCACCGUGCAAGAACCUCAUGAUGGCACCCAGCCCUGGUUCAUCAGCAAGCCUCGUUCAGUGACUGCCUCCCUGGGCCAGAGUGUCCUCAUCUCCUGUGCCAUAGCCGGAGACCCCUUCCCCACCGUGCACUGGCUCCGAGAUGGCAAAGCCCUCUCCAAGGACAGUGGUCACUUUGAGCUGCUCCAGAAUGAGGAUGUGUUCACCUUGGUCCUAAAGAAUGUGCAGCCCUGGCAUGCCGGCCAGUAUGAGAUCAUGCUCAAGAACCGGGUUGGCGAGUGUAGUUGCCAGGUGUCACUGAUGCUGCACAACAGUCCGGCCAGAGCCCCACCACGGGGGCGGGAGCCUGCCGGCUGUGAGGGCCUCUGCCGUGGAGGAGUUGGUGCUCAUGGUGAUGGUGACCGCGAUGGGACCCUGAGGCCUGGCUGGCCAGCAAGAGGGCAGGGUUGGCCAGAGGAAGAAGACGGAGAAGACGUGAGGGGCCUGUUGAAGAGACGGGUGGAGACCAGGCUGCACACCGAAGAGGCCAUCCGCCAGCAGGAGGUGGGGCAGUUGGAUUUCCGUGACCUCCUGGGAAAGAAGGUGAGCACCAAGACCGUAUCCGAAGAAGACCUGAAGGAGAUCCCAGCUGAGCAGAUGGAUUUCCGCGCCAACCUUCAGCGGCAAGUGAAGCCAAAGACCGUGUCCGAGGAGGAGAGGAAGGUGCAUAGCCCCCAGCAGGUUGACUUCCGCUCUGUCCUAGCCAAGAAGGGGGCCCCUAAGACCCCCAUCCCGGAGAAGGCCCCACCUCCAAAAGCUGCCACCCCAGACUUUCGCUCAGUGUUAGGUGGCAAGAAGAAAUCACCCGCAGAGAAUGGCAGUAACAGUGCUGGGGAAAGCCCCACACCUGUAGGCAAUACACAGCCAGCUGGGGCCCUGAAGCCACCCAUAGGCAAUGCCAAGCCUGCCGAGACCCUGAAGCCACCCAUAGGCAAUGCCAAGCCUGCUGAGACCCUGAAGCCACCCAUAGGCAAUGCCAAGCCUGCCGAGACCCUGAAGCCACCCAUAGGCAAUGCCAAGCCUGCCGAGACCCUGAAGCCACCCAUAGGCAAUGCCAAGCCUGCUGAGACCCUGAAGCCUGCAGCCAAUGCCAAACCCACUGAGACUCUGAAACCCAUAGGCAAUGCACAGCCUGCAGGGUCCCUGAAACCCAUAGGCAAUGCACAGCCUACUGAGACCCUGAAGCCCGUGGCCAAUGCCAAGCCUGCCGAGCCCCUGAAACCAUCUGGGAAAGAAGAACUCAAGGAGGUUAAGAAUGAUGUGAACUGUAAGAAAGGGCAUGCCGGAGCCACAGGCAAUGAAAAGAGACCCGAGAGUCAAGGCUCGGCCCCAGUCUUCAAGGAAAAGCUACAAGAUGUCCAUGUGGCCGAGGGUGAGAAGCUGCUACUCCAGUGCCAGGUGACCUCUGAUCCCCCAGCCGCUGUCACCUGGACACUGAAUGGAAAGACACUCAAGACCACAAAGUUCAUCAUCCUCUCCCAAGAAGGCUCCCUCUUCUCCAUCUCCAUCGAGAAGGCACUGCCUGAGGACAAGGGCUUGUACAAGUGUGUAGCCAAGAACAGCGCUGGCCAGGCAGAAUGCUCCUGCCACGUCACUGUGGAUGAUGCUCGGGCCGGUGAGAACACCAAGGUCCCGGAGAUGAAAUCCCGGAGACCCAAGAGCUCUCUUCCCCCUGUGCUAGGAACAGAGAGUGAAGCAACUGUGAAAAAGAAACCUGCCCCCAAGACACCCACAAAAGCAGCCAUGCCCCCUCAAAUCAUCCAGUUCCCCGAGGACCAGAAGGUUCGUGCUGGAGAGCCUGUGGAGCUGUUUGGGAAAGUGACUGGUACCCAGCCCAUCACCUGCACAUGGAUGAAGUUCCGGAAGCAGAUCCAGGAGAGCGAGCACAUCAAGGUGGAGAACAGUGAGAGCGGCAGCAAGCUCACCAUCCUGGCAGCGCGCCAGGAGCACUGCGGCUGCUACACGUUGAUGGUAGAGAACAAACUGGGCAGCAGGCAGGCCCAAGUCAACCUCACAGUCGUGGAUAAGCCAGACCCCCCAGCUGGCACACCUUGUGCUUCUGACAUACGGAGUUCCUCGCUGACCCUGUCCUGGUAUGGCUCUUCAUAUGAUGGAGGUAGUGCCGUACAGUCCUACAAUGUUGAGAUCUGGGACACUGAGGACAAGAUGUGGAAAGAACUAGCCACAUGCCGCAGCACCUCUUUUAAUGUCCAAGACCUGCUGCCUGACCGCGAGUAUAAAUUCCGAGUGCGUGCAGUCAACGUCUAUGGAACCAGCGAGCCCAGCCAGGAGUCUGAGCUCACAGCCGUGGGAGAGAAACCUGAGGAGCCAAAGGAUGAAGUGGAAGUGUCAGAUGAUGACGAAAAGGAACCUGAGGUCGAUUACCGGACAGUGACAGUUAACACUGAACAGAAAGUAUCUGAUGUGUAUGACAUUGAAGAGCGACUGGGAUCUGGGAAGUUUGGACAAGUCUUCCGACUUGUGGAAAAGAAAACUAGAAAAAUCUGGGCAGGGAAGUUUUUCAAGGCCUAUUCUGCCAAGGAGAAAGAGAACAUCCGCCAGGAGAUCAGCAUCAUGAACUGCCUCCACCACCCCAAGCUGGUCCAGUGUGUGGAUGCCUUCGAAGAAAAGGCCAACAUCGUCAUGGUUCUGGAGAUCGUAUCAGGGGGUGAGCUGUUUGAGCGCAUCAUCGACGAGGACUUUGAGCUGACGGAGCGAGAGUGCAUCAAGUACAUGAGGCAGAUUUCGGAAGGGGUGGAGUACAUCCACAAGCAGGGCAUUGUGCAUCUGGACCUCAAGCCCGAGAACAUCAUGUGUGUCAACAAGACAGGCACCAGGAUCAAGCUCAUUGACUUCGGGCUGGCACGAAGACUAGAGAAUGCCGGGUCUCUGAAGGUCCUCUUUGGGACCCCAGAGUUUGUAGCUCCUGAAGUGAUCAACUAUGAACCCAUCAGUUAUGCCACAGACAUGUGGAGCAUCGGAGUCAUCUGCUACAUUCUGGUCAGCGGACUGUCCCCCUUCAUGGGUGACAAUGACAAUGAGACCUUAGCCAACGUCACCUCGGCCACCUGGGACUUCGAUGAUGAGGCGUUCGAUGAGAUCUCGGAUGACGCCAAGGAUUUCAUCAGUAACUUGCUGAAGAAAGAUAUGAAAAACCGUCUGGACUGCACCCAAUGCCUUCAGCACCCAUGGCUGAUGAAGGACACCAAGAACAUGGAGGCCAAGAAGCUGUCCAAGGACCGGAUGAAGAAGUACAUGGCAAGAAGGAAGUGGCAGAAAACGGGCAAUGCUGUGAGAGCCAUCGGAAGACUGUCCUCUAUGGCAAUGAUAUCAGGGCUCAGUGGCAGGAAAUCCUCGACAGGGUCCCCGACCAGCCCGAUCAAUGCAGAGAAACUAGAGUCUGAAGAAGAUGUCUCCCAGGCUUUCCUCGAGGCUGUUGCUGAGGAAAAGCCCCAUGUAAAGCCCUAUUUCUCUAAGACCAUUCGUGAUCUGGAAGUUGUGGAGGGAAGUGCGGCUAGAUUUGACUGCAAGAUUGAAGGUUACCCAGACCCCGAGGUUGUCUGGUUCAAGGAUGACCAGUCAAUCAGGGAGUCCCGCCACUUCCAGAUAGACUAUGAUGAAGAUGGGAACUGCUCUCUAAUCAUCAGUGAUGUCUGUGGGGAUGAUGACGCCAAGUACACCUGCAAGGCUGUUAACAGCCUGGGAGAAGCCACCUGCACUGCCGAGCUCAUUGUGGAAACCAUGGAGGAGGGGGGGGGGGAGGGGGGAGAGGAAGAGGAAGAGGAAGAGUGACGCAAAGCCAAACAGAAGCAGUUCCUACUACGUCAUUUUAAAAGGACUGGUUCAUUAAAGCUCAAAAACUCGAGAUAGAAAAAGCACCUAGUGUGGUAGAUUAUCUAGUUAGGUCAUUUGGAGGUUGAUUCAGCAGCAACAGCAGUUGAUACCCAGCAGCGUUUAUUGAUGGGCAUUAAUUUGAAUUAGACAGCACCUUAAGACACUAGCGCAGCUAGAUUCUGUGUGGGGGGAAAUCACCAGCAACCUGUCUUCACCAAUUCGAUUUUAGAGAGAGAAUCACUAAAAGCAGUAUUUACCUGGGAAACGUCAUACAUUUCCCAACUGAAUACACUCCUGAAAAGUAACUACACCACCAGGGCCCUGAGCCUCCUGCUGCAGCUCAGCCCAGAUUCCCUGGAGGUAGAACGCCUCUCUACCGCGCCCGCACCCCACCCCCACCCCCACCCUGAUCCAGCGAACCAGCCUUGUCCCAUCCUGAAGUGUCUCAUUCUGAAAGCAGCUGAGCCAUUCUGAUCAGGAGGCACACUGCCUUCCAGCUCUCCACUUUCAAAGCUCCCAUUUCUCCCCCGUUCCACCUGCCAGUUUUCCUGGCUCCAAACCCGGAAUAAGCUGCAGCAACGAGGACAUUAAUUAUGUUUCUUACAUCCUGAAAACAGGACCCCUGCUCAUGGAUGACUCUGGCUUCCUUGGAAAAAUAAAAUCUCCUUCCCUCUAAAAAUCCAUAGGAAACUAAACUUGCCCAAAUGUCUGGCAGCUUCAGACAUUUGCAUGAGAAUCCAUGAAGAAAGAAAGAAAAAGACCCUUGCUAAUGUGCUUUUUCCCUUAAACCAGGAUUCAUAUUUGUGCCAUUAACAAGCUAUCAGCCUGCAUGUGCAGUAAAUAUUUCUGCAUCUGGAUGUAGAAAGCCCAGUCUGCUGAAAUGCUGGCUUUAAUUAUUUAUUGGGCACAAUGAAACUGAUUUCAACCGGUGAGCAACUGUAGAACUCCAUGUACUUUGGAAGCUCCUUCCAGACAGUCUGAGCUGAGUACAUCCCAUUGCCAGCACUCUUCAGAGAGCUUGGCCUGCCUUGUGGGGUCCACCAUUGUCUUCCCUCUUGAAUUGAAUCAGUCAUGCCUUGCCCCAGCCUUGAGCUAUAUUCUUAGACCUGAUUAGCGCACUCAGACUUGCAUCUUUAGGAAUUUUUAACUUUCUUUCACUUCAUUGGCACUUAAUUUUUUUUUUCUUGUACAACUUUUUGGAGGUCAUAAACAAAGACCAUAAACUGAUAUCCUGGUAUGUUUCGUGUGUGUGUGUGUGUGUGUGUGUGUGUGUGUGUGUGUGUGUGUAACAUUCCAAAUGCUUUUUUCUUUUCCACUGUUUGAAAGUGCAAGUUAAUAUUUCAAAGGACUUUUUUUUAAUAGUUCCUUAAAAUCAAUUUUAAAUUACUUCUGUGCAAUCCUACACAGUACCAACAUUAGAAACUUGAUAUUUCUUACUCUUAUCUUCCAUCCUACUCUGGCUGCUUUUUGCUGCUAGUUUCAAAUUGCCAGUAUUUUUCCCUUUUUUUUAAUUCUUAAGCAGUUACAAUAGCUUUCAUUAUAGCCACAGUAGUGCCACAGUUUAUUAUAAUAAAGGGGUUUUAAUUUGAUUUAGAGCAUUCAAAGUGUUUUCCAUCACUUUUGUGUUUAUAUUAUAAUCUUUGUGUGUAUGUUGUGUGUAUGCGUGCAUGGGUGGUUAAUACGUGUGUUUAUAGGUUAAUGCCUUCCUGGGACUGUGUUAAUGUUCUCUCAGUUUAUUCUGCCAUCCAAAUGGUGAAUGAGAACACUACAACUGCAGUUAACUCACAAUGUUUAAAUAAAGGAUA